AUGCUGAAUAUAACUUUGCUUUCUUUUGGUCAAAAAGAUGGUGAUAGUUAAUGUAAUUAAGUAUGCUAAGAUUGCUCUAGCGAUAAAAACUUUGAGUGCCUUGGAUGUAGAUACCCAUUUUAUUUUGAUCAGAAUAGCUAUAAUUGUGUCUAAUCUUGUCCUAGUGGAACAUACGAAAACUUUAACAUGGAAUGCAUUUCUUGCGAUUCUAAAUUUUGCUCAAGCUGCUCAUCUACUGAAUGCUAUUAAUGCUUACCUGGAUACUCUUUGGACCCAUAGAAUAAAUAAGGAUGCAUUGCGAAUUGUUAAGAUAGUUAAUCUUUACUUGAUGGAGAAUGCGUAUAUGAAUGCAGUAUUUAAUCUAAUAGCUAUUCCUUAGAUCCAUCUUCUAACACAUGCAUUUAACUAUAAAUCUGCCCAUCCUUAUCUUAUAUACCUGAAUCUUAAGCAGUUGAUAAAAUAUAGUUCUAUAGUGCAUCCAUCAGUGAAGAUAAUAGCACUAUGCUUUAGAUUGAUCUAUAAGGCAAAGUUAUUGUGAAAUCAAUUCCUUAGCUCGUACCUUAAGCUUAUUAUACUUUUCCAUAAUUAGCAUCUAUCGCAAAUUGUGUGUAAACAGUAGAAUAAUCAACUCAAAAUAAAACGCUAUCGUGUAUGAAUAUAUAUACCCAAGUUUUCACUUUUUAAAUCUCUAGUGGCUUACUUUUAUCAUAAAACAUUACAUUUAAUUAAUAAAUAAGUAAUAUAUAUUACUUAGAUGGAAUGAAAAUGACUUUUUUGACAUAAGCAGGUUUUAUAGUCUAAUAUGACUUCCAAUCUUAUUAAUUUUCUGUUGUUGAUAAUUCAUCAGAUACUUUAAAUUAAAUACUCAGCGUUUAAAAUUAUCAGUUAAAAAAUGAUCAAUUUAUCCUUGCUAUUAACUCAACAAAUACAAUUUUUUAUUAUGAUUAAUCAUUUAACAAGAAUAUACUUUUAUAGUAUUCAUCAUAGAACACUCUUUAAAUAGAAAAUUUAGAUACACAAAAUAUGUGGGUGUUCUACUAAAAUAAUAAAAUAGACUUUUACUAAAUAAUAUUUGGUCAAACUCCUUUACUAAUCAAAUCUAUCACUCCUUAGACUAUUCUAUAUUCAAUAAUGAGAUCUAAUGAAACUUUGACUCUAAUUGGUGGUAAAAAUUAAACAGCAACUUAAGUACUCUAAAUUAGCUCAAAUAAAUAAGUUACAGAAAUCACAAGUGCUUUACCACCUACUUUCCUUAAUUCUGACUGCUUUUGGAAGACUAAAGAUAUCUAUUUCUCUCAAAAACAAGAUCUGCUUUACAUUUUCAACCUUAACUCAAAUAAUUUUAAUCUUUCUUAUACUCUUAAACUAUCUUAACCUUUAGUUUGCUCACUAACUUCUUUAGAAGUUUUUUAAAAUAAUGAUAAAAUAUAUUUGUUAACUUAAAUAAUGUAAGAUAUAUAAAUUUAAGAGCUCACUUAAAGUCAGUUAACCUCUGUAAAUUCUAGUUAAAUGUAUUUCUCAUCUGAAUAGCAUACUUAUUACUAUGCUUAAUUUUUAUUUAAUACUCCGGCAAUUAAUAUUUUAGAUACUGUUACAAAUAAUUAAAUAUUAGAAUUAAAAUGCAAUGGAAUUACUUACUAAUAUGAUUUAGAAUCGAGAUAGAUUACUAAAUCAUUUUAUUUUUGGGAUGAUUUUUAUUAUCCAGACCAAACAAUUUAUCUAGGCUAUUAGUUAUACAACUAUAUAGCUGUAUAAGAAGAAGAAAAAUUAAUACUUACUGGAAUAAGAAAUGGUGUUUUGACAAUAAGAGAAUUGAAUUUAUAUACUUUUGAAAUACUUUUAGAAAACCAGUUUAGUGAUAUAGAUAUUGCACCUGACCAAAUACAUUUCUUUAAUUAACCGUUCUAUAUCAAGAGUACAAAAACAUUGAUAGUUAAUAAAUAAAAUGUAGUAAUAAUCGAAUCUAAAACAAAAUUAACAGAGCUUCUUAUUUUUCAUUAUAGUUAAAUAAACAACUAAUACAACUAUACAUUCUCAAUAAGAUAGAUAGUAAAUGACGUUUAAGUUUCACAGAAAACUGGCGAUAUUAUUUGUUUCUUAGUUUUAUAGUAAAUAUACCUUUCAUAAAUAUUGAUCUACAAUGUUUACAAAGAUUAAAAUCCUGUUUAUGUCACUUCAAAAUUUUAUAAUAUUUGUUUUGGCUAGAUAGGUUUUUUCAAUCUAAACUAAGAUAUUAUUUACUAUUCUGAUUAUUUCGGAGGAAUAAUAAGUAGGGACCUUCUAAACAAUUAUAAGAAAAAAAUAUUUAGUUAAUAUACAUAAAUUAUUUCUUAUUAUUUAUCUCCAAAUUUAACAUAUUAGAUCUUUGGCUUAACACCUUAUACUACACUUUAAAUUGUCUCUACUCAAGAUAAUAAGGUUUUAUAUGAAAUACCUACUGGUUCAUACAUAGCAUAUUUCGUUAGUUAUGGCAACAAAGUAUUUAUUCUCAGCAAUAGUGCCUUUUUAUAAUACUAUGAUGGAGAUACAAAUUAGAUCAUACUAUACCAAAACGACUAUUAUGGGUAAGGUAUGUAGAACUUUUUACAUAAAUAAUAUUAGAUAAUAUUUAUAAAUACCAUGAUCUCUCUUAUAAUUAGUUUAGAUGAUCCGAAUCUUUAAUUAUAACAGGUAUAAUAAAAUAUUUAUAAUGAAUUUCAAUUUAACGAUAUUUAAGUUCCUUUAUCUGGUGAUAAUUUUUGGCUAUAGUAAAUAGUAGAUGUAAAAUAAAUAUUUUGUUAUGAAUAUUAAAAUAAUGAUUUUUUAAAUACAUAACAAUAUUAAUAUGUUGUUAAUUUUUAUGAGUUAGAUAUAUAGUUAAAUAUAUAUACAAAUUAAAUAAGAGUGAUAAAAUACCAAAAGAUAAUAGCAUAAAUUAAUAUUGAUUUCUAACAACCUGUUUAGCUAAUUUCUUAAAAUUACAUGUACUAUCAUAAAUACGAUAAUAAAGGAUUUUAUUAUCCAUAUUAAAAAUAUAUGGUAAUAGUUGUUGGAUUUCGUCUUGCUUUAAUUAGCUCAACUAAUUUUGAAAUUCUUUUUAAUUACGUGUCUAAAUAAAUAUUUAUGAAUCUUGCAUACGAUAUAGAAUUAGGAUACAUGGCUUUUGUAGAUAACUUGUAAGAUUGCAUAUUCGACUUAAAGGCUAUUUCUUUAAAUUGCAUCACUAACAACUUUCCGUUUGCAGAUUACUUUUAUGGGACUAUUAUUUAAAGACAAAAAUAGUUAAUCAUCUUUUAUAGUAAAUAUAGUUUAAGAGUGUACUCUUUAAAAGAAUAAAUUUAUAAGUUUGUUAAAUAUUCAGAAAACUUUUUUGCUUAUUAUAUAUAUUAUAAUGACUAUGGUAGCAAUAUAAUUAUUGGAGAUAACUAAAGUAACAGUUUUAAAAUACUUAAUUUAGAUACAUAUCAAUUGUUAGAUACUUCUUUCCCAGCAUUUACUACUAACACUAAUGAAAAUCUGUAUAAGUUUUAUUUUUUCUCUGACCAAAUAUAAGUGAUGCUAUUUUCUACUUACAGUAAUUCUAUCGUAAUAUAUAACAUAAAUACUCAAGUGGUUAUGUAAACUAUCUAACUAUAGUAUUAAUUUAAUCAUCAAAGUCAAAUAGUUGUUGAUGAAAUUCUUGAUCUGGUUAUGCUAAUUGAUAAUUAAAAUUAAAUUGAAAUUAUUUCUUAUGAUACCAAUUAAACUGUUCAAAUAUUUUAAUUAGAUAAGGUAUAAAAUGACGCAAAUGCUUACUAAAAAAUAUUGAUUUGGGACCAUUAUAAGAGAAAACUUUUUGCAAGCUCAAAUAAUAUUUUUUAUAUAUUUGAUUACGAUGAUAAUAUUUUUAUUUGCAAAUACCAAUUUUAGCUUCCAAUAUUUGAUAUUUACAUCAGCUUUAAUAAAAAUUAAAUAUUUGUUACAGACUAUUUGAAUUUAAAAGUUUUUGAUUACUCUAUCUUAGAGUUUAACUAAAAUUAAUAAUUACCUUAUAGUUUAAUACCAAAUCUAUUAUAGAUUAAUUAAAACCAAUAUAUUUUAUUUGAUAAUGGUCAAUCAACUCUUAAAAAUAUAGUCAAUGGUGAAGUAAAGGAUGCUAAAUACUUUAAUCAACUAAAUCCUUCAUACUUUUACUACAAUUAUUACAAUAAAAAUGACUCUUAAAUUUAUGUAAUAAUAUUUAAUUAACUCUUAAUCUACAAUAUAACUUCUACUAGAAUUACUCCUAUAUUUUCUUAAUUGCUUGAUUCUUAAAUAGUUACUUUUAUCAGAGACUCUGAUUUCCAAGUUCUUUUUUUAACUUAAAAGUAGUCUUUAUAUUCUCUUUAGAAGAAUCAAACUAAUCCAUAGCUCAUUAUACUAGCAUAUAUAUCAACAGGAAUAGGCCAAUUUAUUAUGAUUGAUGAUUCCUAUUUAAUAUACAGCUCAACAAAAAACAGAAGCCUAUGGAAUAAGAUAAUAUUUUCAUACUCAUAGUCUCUUUCAACUUAAAUUAAAAUUGAAUAAUUUUAAUUUAAAUUAGAAUAAAAUGAUAUUAUUAAAAAGCUUAUUAGAAUAGAUAAUACUUUGAACAUCAUAAUAUUAACAAAUGAAUAUAUACAAAUAAUAGAUAUUUAGACAGGAGAUAUUUUGUAAACCUCUCAAUUAGAUUUCUAAAACCAAUAAUCUUAAAUCUACUUUGAUCCUCUUUAUUAAAGGAUUUACUAUACAGAUAGAACUGAAGGAGUUAACGUAUAUGAUCUAAAAAUGUAAAUUAUUAAAUAGAAUUUACCAUCUUCAAGUAUAAAAUUAAAAAUGGAAGGCUCUUUCAUAUAUAUGCUUUCAUUUAACUCUGUAAGUAUAUACUUAAGAUAAGACCUCAAAUUAUUCUAAAUAAUAAGAAAUUUUAAUAGCACUCAAUCACUAAUAGAUAUUGAGUACACUGGAUUUAAUAAUACUUUUGUUUUAUAUUUCGACAAUUCAAUUAGUUUCUUUGAUGCUAACCCUUUUUAUUAACCUAAAUUAAUUGAUUAUUUAUAAAUAUAAAAUUAUAAGGUUUUAUCUUCAUAAUUAAAACUCCAGAAUUCUUAGUAUUUAAUUGUUGAUAUGAUGAUUAUAACUAUAGAAAAUACUAUAAAAUACAUCACUUAACUAAAUAUUGGCUCUUUUUCAAAAAAUAUUUGCUCAGCAUAGUUAUAAAUACGAACAGAUUAAAAUGAUUUAAUAACAAAAAAUCAAUAAAGUGAUUAUUUGAAUUUAUUAUCACUAAAAUAGCUCUUAAUUUAGAACAUUAUUUAUAGUAUGGAUAUAAAUAAUGGCGAAUAAACAGAUUUAAAGUAUCCUUUUGUUAGCUCUAGCUCUGUGACAAACUAGUACUCGCUAAACAUUUAAGCUAUAAACAAUAAUAGUAUUUAUCUAAAUAUUCAAAAUAGUACAGAUUAAAAUAUUGUAGAGCUGAAACUAUAAAACCUAAAAAUUUCCUUUAAAAACUUAAAUAAUACUCAGUUCUUAUUUGGAAAUCAAACAUUUAAAAAAUUAGAAAGACUGUUUUUGAAUGACAUAGAAUUAUCAGAUUUUGGUAGUAACCAGCUAUCAUUUGAAAGUAUCAAUCAUCUAUUUAUCUAAAAUUUAGUGAUUAAUGGCGAACAAAUUCAACAGAUUAACAAAUAGAUUAUACUUUUCUAAUAUAUUAAUAUAGUUGUAAUACAGAACAUUACUUUUACUAAUUGCCAAUUUAAUAAUAUAAUGAAUCUACUUUAAUUUAUUAAUAUAAACUAAUUGACCAUAAAUAAUUUGAACAUCAACCAUAAUAUUUUACAUUCAAACUUUAAACAAAACUCUAUGAUAAAUAUCUCAUAAAUAAAUUUACUUACAAUAAAUAAUACUAACCUUAUAGAGAAUAUGUUUUAAAAUGUUUAAAUAUUCAAAAUAACUAAUGUUACUUCAAUUAGUAUUAGCAACAUGAAAUCAUCUUAAAAUGAAAUAAUAAUGAAUUAAAAUGUCGACGUAUAAGGUAUUAUUUUCUAAAUUGAAGCAACUCCUUAAGUUAAUUUCAUUAAAAUCCAAUUUAAUGAUCUUAAAUUUACCUCACUCUCACCCCUUUCUUUACUGAAAUUUUCUAAUGUAAAUCAAACAUUAAUUUUUAAUGAUUUUUAUUUCACAGAUUUUAAAUUAGAAAACUCUUAAAAUAGCUCAAUUAGUGGCUAAUAAUUUUUUAUUUUAGAAUGUGAGGGAAUACUUAAUUCGAAUUUCUCAAAUAUUCAGAUAAAAAAUUCAAGUUUGCUAGGAUUUAUUAACUUACAUGAUUUAAAAAAUGAUAAUGGAGUUAAUAUUUAAAAUAAAAUAUCAACAUACUACAACUAUUAGCACUCUCUUUCUGCAACAAAUCAACUAAUGUUACUUAAUGCUUAAUAAUUAACAAUAAUAAAUUCUAAUUUUACAUCUAUCUCUAGCAUAAAUUCAGAAGCUGGCUUUAUUUAAAUUUAAGUAAGCUAAAGCUUUCUUUUAGAUACAAUCUAAAUUUAAAAAGUUGAACUUAAGUAAAAUAGUUUUAUAUACAUAUCUUAAAGUCCUUAAAUAGUUAUCUAAAAUGUUUAAUCAAAAAAUAUAGAAACAAAUAACAUAGCAAGUGUUUUUUAUUUGUUAUAAAUAUCGAGUCUAAUAAUGAAAAAUAACAAUUUUAUCAUGAACCUAUCUUAUCUUGAUGGAGGAGCUAUUUAUUUAAACUAAAUAUCAGAAAUAAUCUUUUUAGGUAACACAUUUUAGUAAAACGAAUCAAAGACAGGAAAUGGGGGAGCUAUUUAUUGCUUCAGUAGCGUAUUUUCUUAGUUUCAUGGCAAUACUUUCUUUUAAAAUUCAUGUAGAUAAGGUUCAGGUGGAGCAUUAUUGUUGAACAAUUGUGAUAUUUAAAACAUGACAGAUAAUAUUUUCAAAUAGAAUUCUGCUCUUAUAGGAGGUGCUUUUAGAUAUUAAGGCAUAUAACCUUAUGUUUUAUAAAAAACAAAUGUGAGCCAAAAGAAGCUUACCUAAAAUUAAAAUUCUUUUAUUAAAAACUAUGCAUAAUUAUAUGGAAAAAAUAUAGGUUCCUAUCCAUUUUAUUUGGAUGUUAAAAAUUAAAUGCAAGAUGAUUUAAAGAUUUAAAGUGCUAAAUUAGAAAAUUUAUAAAGUGGUAGCACAUCUUCACCUAUAAUUAUGAGAUUAAUAGAUGAAGAAAUGAGAGAAGUUAGUUUUUAAAAAAAUACAAAUUAGAUAAAUUAAGAAAUCCUGAUUGAAUUUAGUAGCUAUUUACUUGAAUUGUAAAGUUAAGAAGUUGGGCUUUAUGGUGACCUCAGAUAGAAUUAUAAUUUUGAUUAAUUUGGUUUCGUUUUUAAUGUGUCUUAUUCUUAUCAGCCUAAUGCUAACUCCUCUAUCACAGUUAAAACAGUUAGCCCUGUCCCUAUUUUAAAUACCACAACUUUUAUGUUUGACUAUCAGGAGUUAAGUAUCUCUAUUGAUGUUAACUUUAGGAAGUGUUAGUAAGGAGAAAUUUUACAAGCUUUGUAGAAGUAUAAAAUAUGUUUUACUUGCUAAUAAGGUAAUUAUUGCUUACAAGAUCCAAAUUAAUUCGAAAAUUUGCAGUGUCUCAAAUGCCCAAUAGGUUCUAAAAAUUGUUAUUCUAAUACCAUACAGUUAUAAAAUGGGUAUUGGAGUAAGAAUUAGCAUUCAGACUAAAUUUACUAAUGUAUAAACCCAUAAUUUUGUACCCCCGAAGACCCUUCAAAUAAGUUUGGAUGCUAAAUAGGACAUGUAGGAGCUAUUUGUGAAUCUUGUGAUUCUUAAGGAAUUUUUUGGGGAUCAAGAUAUGGAAGAAGUAAUGGAGGAAUUUAAUGCUAAGAAUGCUCGAAGGAGAAUUCAAAUUACUCUAUCCUAAUUAUAUUUUUGUUUUUGAUAAUAAUUUGUGCUUAUUUAAUCUUCUAAAUUUAAAGAUAGCUGAUAUUAAUAUAAAGAAAAAUGGAAUGGUUUUAUUUGAGAAAGCUUUAAAUAAUUUUACUAUAAAAUCAAAACAUUAGUAGUUCUUCAUCUUACAUCAAAAUUCUUAUCAACUAUUUAUAGUUUAUAGCAUUAAUAAAUAACUUAGGCAUAUAGACUUAAUAAUUUAUUUCUGUUGCUGAAGUUGCAGGUGGUGAUCCUCUAUAGCAUACAGUUUAUAAUUUAGAUUGUAUAUUUAGUAGCUAUGAUAUCUAAAUUCCUUUGUAUGCUAUGAGAGUUAUAUUUAUCAAUUCCUAAAUAAUUACCAUAUUUUUGUUGAUCCAGUUAGUAAAAUUCCUCACAAGCAUGUUUAAGAUGAUAGAUGACUUUUCAUUUUUGAUUUCUUCUUUCAUAUUAAUAUAUUUAUUCUUUAGUUCUUCCGUAAUUAAAGUAUUGAUAUAGUCUUCAUCUUGCAGAGAUAUAGGAGACAAUCUAUAUAUUAUUACUGAAAUGCAGGAUGUAUGCUACACUUAAUAACACAUUAAAAUAUUACUAUUUUUAAUAGGUCCACUACUUUUUAUAUGGUUCUUUUUAAUUCCUGCAUCAUUUUACAUUAUCUUGUACAGAAAUAGAUAAAAAUUAUAAAGCUUGCUUUAUAUGAAGAAGUAUAGUCUUUUGUACUAAGAAUAUAAAGUAAAAUCUUAUUAUUGGGAGUUAACUAGAAGUCAAGCAAGAGCAUCUCUUGUUAUAUUUCUAAAUUUAAUUAGGGUUUCACCAUUACUAAAAGCUCAGUUCUUAUUAUUUUUUAUGAGUAUUUAUCUAAUAUUUUUGAUAAAAGUAAGUCCUUAUUAAAGAUAGUAAUUAAAUAAUAUUGAUUAACUAUCUUGCAGAUUAGUUAUAAUAAGUAUAUUCAUAAUAUAAAUGAUAUUACUUACAGAUAAUCUAUUAUUUUAAUAAAUAUUAUAAAUUAUUUUGAUUGCCUUAAAUAUGAGUUUCCUAGCAAUCUUGCUCUUAUUAAUAGUAUAAAGACCAAUUCCUUAUGAUAAAAAUAAUUUAAAUAUCUUAUAAAAAUUCUAAGUUUAAAUAUCAAAAUUAAUUCCAAACUCUAUUUAUUAACUUACUUAUUAAAAAUAGAUAAAUUUAUUAAGAAUAAAUUAUCUAUGGAAAAUAGUUGGAAACUCUUUAAGCAAAGUUAUUGGUAUGGAAGCAAAUUUAAAGAACAAAAAAUGGUUUUUAUCAUCAAAACGGUCUUAGUAAAGUUAAUUCAAAGUUAGAUUUCCAAUAUUUAACUAAAAACUAAAAACUAAUUUCUAUAAAAAAGCACUAGAUAAUUGUAAUUUAGAUAAAAAUAUAAAAUGA